CUUGAAUAGCGACAUCUACCAUAGUUUUAGCUGUGUCUCGUGGCGCUAUGCGCCCAGCGCGCGUGCUCCUUGACGCCGCGCAUUGCUGCUGCGCAACAUUGCAGCGACGACUGCCACAGUCAGUGGCACGGCCCUGGGUGGUCACAUGGAGCUCAAAGCAAUGGAAUGUUAACCGAAGUUCCGGGUCCGCUGCGCAGCCACCGUACCGCUCCAUCAUCACACCUAACGGUCAAAUCGCUGACCAGCUGACGCUUUCGCCUCCAACAGCUCUUGGAGCUGCUCACGACCCGCUGACAAGCACGCGCUCUGCUGGCAACUGCUAUGGAACCCUCCGUUGGCUUGAGUCGCAACACGACAGCAACUCCAAAAGCCUGACGGCGCCAUCUGCUGCCGCCCAUGCCCCUCGAAUACAUCUCUCAGCUGCCAAUCCAGCUCGCCAGUAUGCAGGCACCAGCAGCACCAACAGCACAACCCUAGCCGCAAGGAUCCGCACGCGAGACGCAAAUGGAACCAGUCGUACAACUGCUGCUGCUUCCAUUGCUGCCAGCACACCCUGGUCCUACUCGUACCUCAACAUCCACGCUAAAACGCACAUCCACACAAGCAGCGUUGCGAGAGUUGCUGCCGGCAACAACAACACCUUUCGCAACGCCACAGCCACUCCCAGUUCCACCACCGCCACCACCAGCUUCAGCAGCAGCAGUAACAGCAUCCAAGACAAGCCUAGCAGGACCCCUCACAGCACCCCCAGCACCACCUCCCCUUCACCAUCCGCGCUGGCAGCAGACCCCUUGUCGUAUCGCCGGGUACGGCGCACCGCGGCCCGUGUGGGCAAGGCCGCCACGCCGCAGCGCGGUCGCUUCGUGGAUGCCGCCAAGCUGAGGGCGUGCGGCGGGCAGGGCGGGGCGGGCAGGGUGGCGUACGAGCCCACCGGCAGAGCUCGGCAUCUAGCAGCCAUCGGCGGCACGGGGGGCCCUGGCGGUGACGUCAUCGUGCGCGCUAGCCGCCACGUCAGCAGCUUGUACGGCAUUUCAACGGUGUUAGUUGCCGGCCGCGGCGGCGCCGGCGGCACUGGCGGUCAAACCGGGGUUCGCGGGCCGGACCGAGUGAUCGAGGUACCGAUGGGUACGACGGUUCGACUGGGUCCGCCGUUUCUGACGACGGCAGUGGCGUCGGCGGAAGCCGACGGCGAUGAUGGCGUGUACGACAAUGACGGCGAGGACGGCGGUUAUGACAGGGAUGAGUAUGAAGACUACGACGACGGGGACGAAGACACCGACGAAGCGCGCGAAUCAUUGUCUGAUGAUAAAACCCAGGAGUAUGAUGAUACGGAGGAGGAGGAGGAGGUUGAGGAUGC